GACGUCGUCAAGGGGAAGUACGAGGGCGGGUUCAAGCUGUGGGAGUGCGCAGUCGACCUCGUGCGAUUUAUCAUGACGCUCCCUGAGGAGGAGGAGGAAGACGACGCGUCCGCGUCCGCCGUGCUAGAGCUCGGGUGCGGGCACGGCCUCCCCGCGAUCGCGGCCGCGACGCGCGGCGCAAAGCGCGUCGUCUUCGCGGACUACAACCCGGAGGUGCUGUCGUCGUUGACGAUUCCUAACGUCCGCGCCAACUUCGCACAGCUGUAUGAUGCGGCGAAUGCGGCGGCGGCGCCUCCGCCGUCCACGUCGUUCGUCGGCGGCGACUGGUCCGACCUCCCUCGCUUCGUGCCGCGCGCGUCCGCGGACGUCGUCCUCGCCGCGGAGACGAUCUACGCGCCGGAGUCGUACGACGCGCACCCGCCCGACGGCGUCGCGUUGAUCGCGGCGAAAUCGCACUACUUCGGCGUCGGCGGCGGCACCGCGCUGUUUAAGACCGCGUGCGAGAAGACCGGGGUGUUCGCGGUGAGGACCGCGCGCGAGUUCAGCGACGGCGCGUCGAACGUGCGCGAGAUUUUGGUGGUGACGUUCAAG